AUGGAGACCCUAGACGCCUAUGAAGGGUUCGAUAAACGUGGCAAGUCUCUGAUGUAUACGGGAGGAAAUGGUUUCUACUGGCGCUCAGUUACCGAUCCAAAACGCCCUCAUCGCAUGGAAGUCCGUCGAGCCGAUGUUGGUGCUCGCACGCACGAGCUUCCUGCCGGCGAGCGGGUUCACUCAUUGAACGGCCAACUUGGAGGUCUCUGGCGCUCGCUUGGUCGCCGCCCAAAUCUUCUCUUUGGCAUUGGUAGCUGCGUCUCCGGGAAAGGCCCUGGGCGGGCUUUCAUUCCGACCGAGGAGGCCCUUAAUGACCCAUUUCUCUCCUGGGUUUGGAAGGAACUAAGCGAAAGCUCAAAGAAACCCCUCGGGGCGCAGGGUCUUGCAGUUGGUGCGAGUGGUGAUGAGCUUGACCGGCUAGACUUUGGGAUUGGAAGUCCUUCAAACGCAAUCUUAAUCGCUCGGAGUGAACGCCAUGAUGACCACUUCAUGCUUUUUAACGAGGAAUUGAUUUUCCCGAUGAUUGGCACUCUGGGAUCGACCUCGCCGUUAGUACGUAGCGAUAUGGUGUACUACGAGUCGGCUAGAGGAGGUGCUGUUUUCAGUGUGGGAAGCAUCAACUGGAACAAUUGUUUGGCUUGGGAUGCUUACCAGAACGAUAUAGCCCAAAUAACCGAAAAUGUGAUUCAGGAGUUUCUUGCCCUUGGCGAGAGGCUUCGACGUUGUGCCCUAUAA